ACAGCCCUGCGCUCGAAGGCGUUGGUUGGUCAUCGAGCGUUCAUCCCGCUACCGAGAAAUGAAAUGGAUGAACAUUGUUCAUCGUCAUUUUGCAUGGGAAAAAAUCGUCGAGUUCAAUUCGAAUUUUUGUAAUUGCAUUAACUUUUAUACGAUAUAGCUAAACGGUAGACGCAUAAGAAUCAACAAAUUUGUGCCAUUUUGUAAGCAAAUUAAGUGUCGAAUUCGUGCUGAGUGUUGUGAAAUCACCAAUAUAAAUUAACUUCCAAUGACGACGAUUCGCAAGAAAUUGGUAAUUGUCGGCGACGGUGCCUGCGGUAAAACUUGCCUUCUGAUUGUCUUCAGCAAAGAUCAGUUCCCCGAGGUCUAUGUGCCCACCGUAUUCGAGAAUUAUGUGGCCGACAUCGAGGUGGAUGGCAAACAGGUGGAGCUGGCCUUGUGGGAUACGGCCGGGCAGGAGGACUACGACAGACUACGACCGCUGAGCUAUCCCGACACUGACGUCAUACUGAUGUGUUUCUCAGUGGAUUCACCCGAUUCGCUAGAAAAUAUUCCUGAAAAAUGGACCCCAGAGGUCAAACACUUUUGUCCAAAUGUUCCAAUCAUUUUGGUAGGAAAUAAGAAAGAUUUGCGAAAUGAUCCCAACACAAUUCGGGAUCUAGCAAAAAUGAAGCAGGAGCCGGUGAAGCCGCAGGAGGGUCGCGCCAUGGCCGAGAAGAUUAAUGCCUUUGCCUAUUUGGAGUGUUCGGCUAAGUCCAAGGAGGGUGUGCGGGAUGUUUUCGAGACGGCAACUAGGGCCGCGCUGCAAGUCAAAAAGAGGAAGAAGACCAGAUGCCUUUUGCUCUAAAAGAGCAAAUCAACAACAUGAAAAUAUAUACCACACACACAGCAACAACAACAGCAGCAUACACACCCACACACACACCAACACAUACACACCUUUUACAACAAUAACGAGCUGAACAACCACUCAAAAACAGCAACAACAACCAGAACAUCGGAUACACGAAGCUGCACCACCCAACAGCAACAACAUGAGCAGAAAAUAGAGCUUGAGCUACAAGAUCGGCGGAGGAAGGAGCAGCGAGCAGCGAGAUAAGGGAAGGCAGCACCAAGUAGAAUGUCAAAUGCGGAUUUGAUUUUAUAUACAGUCUAGUGUAGUUAUAAACCGAAGUAAACAACAGUAAUAACUCUGGCAUUAUUAUUUGUAAACCUAGGGCAGAGCAGAUCAAUCAGUCAGCCACUGCAAGCAAAUAUAUAUCGAUAUAUGUAAACAUAUUCAAGUUGUGUCCGUUUCUGUCCACCCCUCCUAGAUGUAUGUUAUUAUUUUGUUAACUGUGUUGUCAAGUGUAAUCGGCUGUGGCUGGAUGAGAUUGUGUCGUAUGUGAGGGUGAGUGAGUCAGGUGAAUCAGUGUAAUCAGAAUCAGAACCGGAAUCGGAAGGUGGAUCCCGGGGUCCAAGGAGGGCGUAGGCGUCAAGAUGAGAGUUAUGUUCCCAUUAAAUCUAUCAGAUACAGAGAGACCAGGCCGCCAAUAGAAGUUGGAAGUGAAACUACAUUACAAGAGCCGAACUAAACACAAAACAAAACAAAAACGAUAAAUGUUUAUUUAACUAAACGUAAGCCACAAAUGAGAUGCAUUCAGUUUUCGCGUGGGAGAUGCUAAGAGGGAAAAUUUUUGAUGAAGUGAAAAACUAUUUCGAGCGCAUUAAGCGAGUUUUUAAUAUUUGUACUUUGCUUAAAACGAGUGGAAAACAUAAAAAAAAGAUACUACAAAACAACCAAACUAUAUGAAGAGUAUUUUAUGAUUUUAUAAAAUACGAAUAUACAUAUAAUUAUACUAUACAGUACAUAUGUGUAUGUCUCUUUUUUGUAUUUUGUACCGUCAAUCGUGUAAUUCUCACACAGAAGUUGAAAAACUCGAAGAUGCAUCAGAUACAACCAAACUAUAUUAUACUUAUGAAUAAACAGUACAUUUGAUCUACUCUUGGUUUAA